UCUUCACCUCUCAGUACACACGUGGACUCUCCUUCCUCUUCAUACUUUGAAACAGCCUCCACCAAUUCUCUGUAUAUAUAUAAUGUCGAAGCUUAAGUCCAGUGAGAAUCCCAACUCCAAGAUAUCUCCCAAAAAUGCUGAAUGCCUGGACGAAGAUAAAGAGAUUGAUCACAGUGAUCUUGGCUGGAGUUUUCGCCGACGGCAGGGGAAGCCACUGUCCGGAGAAACCUCCUUCUCACCUCGGCCCUUUAAAAAGAUCCGUGACCCAGAAAAUCAUGACCCCAUUCACCCAUUGGAUUCUACUUCUCAUCACUCAUUUCCUUUCUUCAAUCAAUCCUCCUCUGUUUCUCACUCUUCCCCUUCCUCUGCUACACCUCUGUUUCCUGUUGCUUUGGAACCCUCCUCCCAAUUUCCCCAUCAAUUCAAAACAGAGCCUAUGGCGCCUAUAACUCAUCACCCAUCGCUUCCAACGCCGCAUAAUCAGCAGCAAUUGCCAACACUUGCUUCAGGAUUUGGCUACCCGCCGUAUUUUAUGGGAGAGUUGGCAUCGUUCCAGCAGCAACAGCAGCAGCAGCAUCAUCAGCAAUUUCUUCAGUACUGGAAUGAGUCUCUGGAUCUCAACUCAAGGGCAGCGUUUAGGCCUCCAAUUCGGCAAUUAAACACCACGAAGCUGUACAGAGGAGUGAGGCAGCGACAUUGGGGGAAAUGGGUAGCGGAGAUUCGUCUUCCUCGCAACAGAAAUCGCCUCUGGCUUGGCACAUUCGACACUGCAGAAGACGCCGCCUUGGCCUACGAUCGCGAGGCUUUCAAAUUGAGAGGAGAGAAUGCCAGGCUGAACUUCCCCGAACUGUUUCUCAAUAAAGAUAAAGAAGCCUCGCAGAAUUCAAGUGGGGAGCUGCCUCCACAGGAACCAGACAAUAACAAUCUUGACAAUGACUCAGAAUUAGAGCCAAAUGAGGCGGUAGCAGGGGACAACAUACAGGAUGAGGCAGAGGAUGGUGCAGAAGGUGUGGUAAAGUCACAGGAGUUGGUUUGGAGAGAAAUGGCAGAGGCUUGGUUAAACGCGAUGCCAGCCGGUUGGGGCCCUGGUAGCCCCGUGUGGGACGAUUUGGACACUACUAAUAAUCUCCUACUCCAGCCAAUUCACCAAGAAUCAUUCGGAUCCGAUCUCCAAACUCAGCAACUCAACUUAACCUCAUCUCCAUCUUCUUCCUCCUGCCCCAUGAAGCCUUUCUUUCUCAAGGAUGAAGAUUGAUCCUUGGCCAUAUAAAUUCAGUACUUCACAUUGCAAAACAGAAAGGCUGCAUAUUUACCUCAGCCUCUGAGGGGGAUGGCGUCAAAUCAAUCAAGGCAGUGCACUCGUGGGCCAUUUCUUUUUCUUGGUUCCUUUUGUUAGCAUCAGUUGAUAUAUAUGUCAGUAAAGCCACAAGAUUCGAAAGACUAUCACUAUCACUCGCAAGCAUGCUUCUGGUUUAGUUUCUUUUUUUUGGCUUUUUGUCUUUUGUUUUCUGUUCUCUACUGCACUGCUAUGUUUAGUUUCAGCGCCGGCCAGCGUAGCAGGAGACAAUUUGGUGAUCUCCUCUUCAUUGGGACCAUCAUCCAUCGGGGGCUCUGUUUUUAGGCCAAGAGGAUGGCAUGGAAGCACAGUCUAAUUUUCAUAUUUGACACCAACUUUAGCUUCCCACCAUACUGUAUUAUAAUAUUUCAUUAUCACAUAAUGUAUUUUUC